AUGGAAGAAAGAACAAGUCAAAAUUCAAGUAAAUAUUGCAUAGUAAAAAUAUGUGAGGGUAUUUCAACAUUAAGAUGGAAGAAGAUAACUGAAAAUGUGCUGAAUAAGGCAAAAGCCAAUGGAACUCUGGCUUCGUAUUACAAUAAUCAUAAAGAUGAAUCAAUUAUUGAAGACAAGAAUAAGGAAUUAAAUUCAUUUUUUAAUGAAAUCGAAGAAUCAGCUUGUAUAGAAAGAAAAAGUGAAGUUGAAAAACAGGAACUUGAUCGAUCUCUAGCAUAUCAAUGUUAUUUGAUGUGCUGGAAUCGGAACAAAACUAUAUCACUCUGGAAUCUGAAUAAUGAAUUACUAGUAGAUGAGAAGUUUACAUGGAUAGAUGGUGUGGUUGUAUUAACGAAGUUACUUUAUAAUAGAGAAAAGAAACAAAAUUUGCCACCAAUUUAUAGCUUUCAGGAAUUGCGAAAAGAAAUGGAAGGCAAGGAUUGUCGACUAAGUAUUUUUUUUGAUUCUAUUUAUAAUGCUACUAACCCAUUCGAAAAGAGCAGAGAAUAUUUAGAAAAGCUGGAUAAACGUUUAGCUCUCGAGUGCUAUCUUAUUUGUGGCAAUCGUAAUUCAAAGUUAACCGCAUACAAGACAGAGAUGUCAAUCUUUUUAAAUUCCAUGGGAACAUCCUAUGAGGCGAUUAACGCAUUUGCAAAUGCAGGAAUUACAAUUACAGCUCAACAGCUCUCAAAAAAGGCGAAAAUAGCUGAUUUGAGGAAGACUAUGAAUUCUUUUAAAGAAGUUUUUAUCACUAAACGUAAUGAUGUCAAUUCCAAUAAGGAGCGUCUUUUAUCGCUUACAACAAAAAUGAAAGUCUUUUUGCUUCAAACCUAUGAGAAGAUUUAUAUGAAUCUCGGAGAAAGUAAAAAUAUUCAAACAGCCAAAGGAGAAGAUCAAUUUUAUCUUGCAGGACUGAAUAUUGUGGUAAACAAGAAGCAAAUGCCAUUAGGAUUUAGUAGUGAACGUAUGCCAGCAAUAAAUGAAUGUGACCAUUGCGGUAAGUCUUUAGAUGUAGUUAUAUUAAUCGCAUGUGGUCACGGAUAUCAUAAAAGUUGUUUUGUCGAUUCCUUGCACAAAAAAUGUCAUCAUUGUCAAGCUUUUCUUGAGAAGGGUAUUCGACAGAAUGUUUCUUCUCUUAUUACACGGCUAACAAAGCAGGAUAUCAAAGAAGGUGAUCUUGUGGAAGAUAAUCAAGAGUGUGAAGAUCAGGAAGCUGAAGAUCAAGAAGCUAGAGAUCUGUCUCCGGAGGAUAGCAUUCUUACACAAUUGGAAAAGGAUAAGAAUGCAUUGGAUAAGGUUGAUGAGGCUUGUGAUAUCGCGUUAAACAAAUUCUUGAAAGCCCAACGUUUAAUAAUUACCCAGCAGGACUCAUUUUCGUCGUCGUUAGUUUCACCAGAAAAUAUAUACGAGUAUAAUGAUGAUAAGAAAUUAUAA